CGGAAGUGGGAUGUAUACAGACACAGAAUUUAUAUAUUUUAUACCUAUCCAUACUCCCAAGCCCAAUUUCAAUCAACCAACACAAAUUUAUAUCGAUUAUGUCAAACCAAGCGCCCUCUUUUCAAACACCCUCUUUCUUCUCUCUUUCCGGUCAAACCGCCCUCGUCACCGGCGGAACACGAGGAAUAGGACAAGCUGCUGCAGUAGCACUAGCGGAGAGCGGGGCAGAUAUAAUUCUGAUACAAGUACGUCCAUUCUUCCCAUAUCCAGAAGUAUGUUUUCUAACGUCGGAAUUUCCAGCGCGAUCGCUCUCAAGAUACGACACUGAAACUCAUCGAAGCUACGGGAAGAAAAGCAAUAAUCUACACCGCAGACCUAGCCUCCCAAUCUGAAGUCGCAGCCCUCACUCCACAGAUAUUGAAGGAUGGUCAUAAGAUAAAUAUUUUGGUCAAUUGCGCGGGGAUUCAGAGGAGACAUCCUAGCCACCAAUUUCCGGAUAGUGACUGGAAUGAGGUAUUAUUUCCUCUGCUAACACCAGUAUGGUAAACCUGCGUGUUAUAUAUGCUAAUGGAAAGGCAUAGGUCAUUCAAGUUAAUCUUUCAACCGUCUUUACACUGUGCAGGGAUGUAGGAGCACAUAUGUUGACUCUUGAGCCAUCAUCUAUCACAAAUAGAAGGGGGAGCAUUAUAAACUUCGCCAGUCUGCUAUCAUUCCAAGGCGGACUCACGGUGCCGGCAUAUGCUGCUUCCAAGGGAGCAGUUGCUCAACUGACGAAGUCAUUGGCGAAUGAGUGGAGCUCAAAGGGCAUUACUGUUAAUGCUAUUGCACCGGGAUACAUUGCUACGGAGAUGAAUACUGCGUUGCUGGCUGACAAGGAGAGGCUAAGAAGUAUUAGUGAGAGAAUACCAGCGGGUAGAUGGGGAGUUCCCGAAGAUUUCAAAGGAAGUGUUGUGUUUUUAGCCAGUAAAGCUAGUUCAUAUGUUUCGGGCCAUGUUAUGGUGGUAGACGGGGGUUGGAUGGGAAGGUAAUUGGUUGGAAGGUAGCUCUGUAUUAUCUGGUAGG